AUGGGAUUUCGCAGCGCUUGGAAGCUAGGGUUUUCCGGCAUUGGGAGAUGGCCAAAACGAUGUUAUCUUUCGAAGGAUACUAGUGCGGAACGGGCCAAAAGUGUGAGAAUAUGCAGAGUUUGGAGUGAAGCAAGGAAUUUUGAAAGCAGUAGUGAGCAUGGAGACGGGGGUUGGUUGUGCCAUUUCCCUGGGCAUCAAGGAAAUCUGGGAUUGAUAGAUUACCAGUUCAACAAGACUGUGGAGCACAUUGUGAGGAAAAAAUAUAGGCAGAAAGAGAAGAAGGUUCAGCCUGAAAUGUCAUUGCAUUCAGUGUAUCAACUAACUAUUGGAUAUUUAAAAUUGCUUCCAUGCCUUAAUUGUUUGCAAUUUUUUUUGUAUAGGGGUUUGAAGGAAUCUGAAGUGGAUGGUUUUGUUGAGGAUGUGUUUGUGAGUGGCAAGCCCUGGGCUUCUAGACAACAGGGGUCACUACAUGGUGCAUAUGUAUUUGUCUGUGCCCAUAAUAAACGAGAUAGGAGGUGCGGUGUUUGUGGACCUGCUCUGAUUGAGAAAUUUAAGGAGGAGAUUGAGGCCAAGGGCUUGGAAGAACAAGUUUCUGUAGCUGCUUGUUCUCAUAUUGGAGGCCACAAGUAUCCUGGUAAUGUUAUCAUCUUCAGUGAAGUUGAAGGAAAAGUUGCUGGCCAUUGGUAUGGUUAUGUUACCCCAAAUGAUGUGCCUACGUUACUUGAUCAGCACAUUGGAGAGGGUAAAGUCAUCGAACGGAUCUGGAGGGGCCAAAUGGGAUUACAUGCUGAGAAAGCUGCUGACAAGACAGAUGAGCAGAAGGUUCCUAAUGGAACCAACGUGGACAACAAGGAAAACAAACCCCGAGAAACUCGUACUGAAGAGAGCAAAGAUAGUUUCACGAGCUGCUGCCAAGGUGCUAAUGGAAUUUCUUGCUGCAGAGAUGCGAGUGCCGAGGAAGUAGAGAGCAAGAAGGCACAGGGAGGCCCUUUAAAGUUUGGGAAAUGGGAGCAGCGUGACAUUCUUACAGCUGUUGGUGUGGUUGCGGCUGUGUCGGUCGUUGCCGUGGCAUAUGGCUUUUACAAAAGAGCCAGGUAAAACAUGCUUGGCAGACUUCAUCUAAUGUUUUCAGCCCAAUGUUUUUGUAGACAUAAACUUACAUAUGUGCAAUAAUUGCAUAACAUAUUUAUGCGGUUAUUUGUUGAGUGAAAAUAAUAUAGAAAAAAGAACUGGAAUUAUUAAGGCAAUGCCACUCGUAUAACUGCAUAUGUUUGGUAAAAGUCAGCUGAAUACCUGGCAGUGUCUGAUUUCUACAUAGGCUGUGAUGAGUACCUGACCACUUUAUAUGGAUGUUGUUCAGAUUCA